UAUAUCUAGGCACAGAGGGUGUGUAUGGUCAUUGCAGAGAUGCACAGCUGGCGGCUGCAUCUGCACAGCUGAGAACGUCUGGAUCUUGUUCACACUCAGCCAGAGGAAAGCCCAUGGGAGAGCAGGACUCUGACUCAGCUUGGAAGGAGCUGUAGGAGGGUGAAGCCACACCUCCUUCCAGCCUGACUUGGACCGGUGAGCCGAAGGGACAUCCCCGAGACCCUGCUGCUGCCAUCAUGGUCUCGAUAGACCUCUUUUACUGCUCAGAGAGUGAAACUGUUUUUCAAGUUGUUGUUGAACAUUCCCAGGUCACAGAAAAGAAACUGACGGUCUUACUCCGAAACUGGAAGAUAUUUGUGGUUAAGGCCAAUAUACCCAGGGAGGAGGCAAAUGCAGUAUAUGAGUAUCUGAACAGGCUGAAAACAAACUUGAGUGUAAAUGACCCAGACACACUCCAACAAGACCAGCUGGAUGGAAAGAGGCUUUUGGAGGAGAUUGCUGUGAUGAAACAGGACCUGAAGAAAGCCACAGAAAAGAUCCAUGCUUUUGCAGACAACGUUGACAAGGUACACAAGGACUGCACGAUUUCCAAUGUGGUGGCCCACUCCACUGGCGCUGUGUCUGGCAUCCUGAGCAUCGUUGGCCUGGCUCUGGCACCUCUGACAAUGGGGGCCACUCUGCCUCUCUUCGCCACUGGGUUAGGGCUGGGCAUAGCGGCUACUGUGACCAAUGUGUCCACCAUUAUCGUGGAAAAAGUAAACACGUCGUCAGCAGAAACCGAAACCAUUCAACUGCUGUCCCGUCACAGGGAGAGAUGGAAGGUAAUCGAGGAUAUACUCAAUGAAAGGAAAGUUCAUAUUAAUCUUGCAAAGAAAUUAUUCAUCUAUUUCCUAAAAAUCAUUGGGAAUAUCGGCCAAUUCAUCAAGGUGAUCAAAGGCAGCCCUGCCUUAACAGCCCAAGUCAAGUUCUUCAUAACCAAUGGGAAAACCUUCAUUCGUGGCAGCUUUCAGGUGCCAAAAACUUUUGGCGGCAUGGCUUUUACAAUGGCCAAAGGAGCCCGUAUCGCUGGCAUAGUCAUGUCAAGUAUUGGCCUUGUGAUAGAUGUGGGCUUCCUGGUCAAAGAGUCAAUACAUUUACAUGAUGGAGCAAAGGCAGAGUCAGCUGAAAAGCUGAGGCAGAAGGCCCAGGAGUUGGAAAGCACACUGGAGUUUGUCACUGAGAUCCAUGAGAAUCUGGCAGGAGGGCUCGAUUCCAUCAACCCCAGAGGAGUGCAGGACCUGGAACAUUUUCUGGGUGUCUCAGAGGCAGCUUGUUAGAGGAUUAAAGGAGGGAGACAGCAUUGAUGGUCCUGGGUAUUAGGAAUUUGGCAUUUCUGGAGCUGAGCACAGCAAGGGAGGGAUGGAUGCAGGAGGCAGAUGAGGGCAAAGUAAGAGCCUGGAGCUAGGACUAAGGGAGAAGGGGGGCUAAAGAGUGAGGGGAGGAGAUAAACCACUUAUUUUGGACUAAAGAACACACUGGGGGUAGAAUAAAGGCAAAGGCAGGUGGAACUAGCUGUGGAAGGCCAGGAAUACAAAAGGGUUGAAAAUGAGAGAAAGUCAGAGUGAGGAGUGUUGGGAUCCAGGAGAAGUAGCCAGGGCUCCUCUAUCGCCCUCCUCAGGGUGUGAUGUCCCAGCGAGAAGAGUCUUCCCCUGGUAGUGUUCUCUAGCCCUAUGACUCCAGCAUCAGCUCACCUUUGAUUCCAGCAGGUUUUUAUUAAUUAGGCAGGGACUUCUUUUGUUUGUUUGUUUUUUUCGAAGUGUAGUUGACUUACAGUGUUGUGUGGGUUUCUGCUGUACAGCCAAAUGUAUUGAUUAUACAUGCGGUUUUGUGUGCUAUACAGUAAAUCCUUAUUGUUCAUCUAUUUUAUGUAGGGUGAUGUGUACCUGUUAAUCACAUAUUCCUAUUUACCCUUUCUUUCCUUUCCUAUUUUGUACCAAAAGUUUGUUUUCUUUGUCUGUGAGUCUGUUUCUGUUUUGUAGAUAAGUUCAUUUGUGCUCCUUUUUGGAUUCAACAUAUAAUUGAGAUCAUAUAAUAUUUGUCUUGCUCUGACUGAUUUAAUUCAUUUAUAAUAAUCUCUAUGUCAAUCCAAGCAGCUGAAAACAGCAUUAUUUUAUUCUCUUAUGGCUGGGUACUAUUCCAGUUAUUUCGCAUCUUUUUUCUCUGUUGAUGGACACUUAGGUUGCUUCCAUGCUAUUAUAAAUAGUGCUGCUAUGAACAUUGGAGUGCGUGUUACUUUUUGAAUUAGAGCUUUUGUCGUUUCCAGAAGUGCUGACUCAUACGAUAACUCUAUAUUUAGUUUUUUAAGGAAACUCCAUGUUUUUCCACGGGCUUCCCAGGUGACUCAGUGGUAAAGAAUCCCCCUGCCAAUACAGGAGACGUGUGUUCGAUUCCUGGGUUGGGAAGAUCCCUGGAGAAGGAAAUGGCAAUCCACUCCAAUAUUUUUGCCUGGAAAUAGUCCAUGGAGAAAAGAGUCUGGCAGGCUACAGUCCAUAAGGUCAAGAAGAGCCUGACCCAACUGACGACUAACACCGGAUCUCCUCACCUUGUGUUCUCUAGACUUUAUUUCAAUAAAUAGCACUGAUUCACUGAG